UGGCCAAAUUUUGCCGUGUUGGUUGGAGAUGGCCACGUCGCUUCUCUCUCGCUCGCCUUCUUUUCCACCUGCCCACACUAUCUCCGUAACUCCUCUUUUCGUACAGAAUACACACAUAUCCUUUAGGCCCCUUCAACGUCAAUCUCAGCCCCAUAGCAGAAGGAAAUUAAAAAAGAAAGAAGAAAGGGAAAACAAGCUUCAUUUGCAGUGAAACAGAAAGAAAGAGUGUAUAGGUUUGCUAAUGGCGGGUGGGUAUAUAGCGGAUGAGGACUACGAUUACUUGUUCAAGGUGGUUUUGAUAGGGGACUCUGGUGUGGGAAAAUCGAAUCUGCUUUCUCGAUUUACCCAGAAUGAGUUCAGCCUCGAGUCAAAGAAAACCAUUGGCGUCGAGUUAACCUCUCCCAUUCUCCGUGUCGAUGACACAAAAGUCAAGGCUCAGAUUUGGGAUACCGCCGGCCAAGAAAGAUUUCGAGCCAUCACACAACCAUACUACCGAGGAGCUGUUGGUGCAUUGCUUGUAUAUGAUGUUACCUGCCAUGUCACAUUUGAAAAUGUAGAGAGGUGGUUAGUAGAGUUACGGGAUCUUACAGAUAAUAUUGUCGUAAUGCUGGUGGGAAACAAGGCAGACUUGCAUCACUUACGUGCUGUUUCUACCGAGGAUGCAAAGGCCUUUGCUGAGAAGGAGGGCACCUACUUUAUGGAGACAUCAGCUCUUGAGUCAUUGAAUGUUGAGAACGCCUUUACAAAAGUACUCAAGCAAAUACUUCGAAAAGCGCUUGAGGUAGGGAGUGAUAACUAUGAUUACUUGUUCAAGAUGGUGUUGAUAGGGGACUCUGGUGUGGGAAAAUCAAAUCUGCUUUCUCGAUUUACUCAGAAUGAGUUCCGCCUCAUGUCAAAGUCAUCAACCAUUGGCAUGAAGUUCGCCACUCGCACGCUUCGUUUCGACGACCAAGUAGUUAAGGCUGAGAUUUGGGAUAUCGCCAGCCAAGAAAGGAAUGAUUUAGACUUUCAAAUGAAUUGUAAUAUUUGUUUCGCGAAAUCAUGCUACCGAGUAGCUGUUGGUGCAUUGGUUGUAUAUGAUGUUACCCGCUAUGACACAUUUGAAAAUAUAGAGAGGUGGUUAAAAGAGCUACGUGAUCAAAGUGGCCAAAAUAUCGUCAUAAUGCUAGUGGGAAACAAGGCAGACUUACGUCACUUACGUGCUGUUUCUACCGAUGAUGCAAAGGCCUUUGCUGAGAAGGAGGGCACCUUCUUUAUGGAGACUUCAGCUCUCGAGUCAUUGAAUGUUGAGAACGCCUUUACAGAAUUACUCACGCAGAUACUUCGAAAAGCGGUUGAGGUCGGCCUUGCCAAAGGGCGAAACCAUAAACGUUGGAGGCAAGGAUGAUUAACAGUAGAUCCGAUCCCUUUGCAAUGAUCCAUCUUCUGCCUUUCUGCGUUAGCUCAAUACAAGAUAAUGUUCCAACAAAUAUGAGCAUAGAUGUCGUAGAUUCCAUCAUUGAUUCAAUAUGCGUUAGCUCAAUACAAGAUAAUGUUCCAACAAAUAUGAGCAUAGAUGUCGUAGAUUCCAUCAUUGAUUCAAUAUUACGCGAGUGGAUAAGAAAUACACCGUUACGAAUUCAUGCAAA